UUGUUAAGUUAUCAUUUAAUUUGGUAUCAACAUUUGUUCGCAAGUUUUUCUCGGUCGUAUACAGAUCGUUGGUAGAACGACGAGCGCAUAUUAUUCGAUCCCUCUAUUCGGGAACGCACUUUCUCUCCUACCGAAGGGGGAAAUCCCCUAUUGCUCCUAGGGAACCGUGCUCCCCUCACGAAAUCAAUACUACAAGAAACGCAGAAAUUAUUCGAGUGCGAGCGACACGUAGCUGUUCCUUUAACGUUUCGAGUAUAACUUGCUUACUUCGACUUGAAUUAAAUUUACGAAUUGCCGAUAAAAAUUUUUAUGCAGAUGACAAGAGCGUGUCGAAAUUCGCGAGGGAUUAAUUAAUAGCAGUUUAUAUUAAAAUAACCGAACAAUAAAUAAUAACUGACAGGCCCAAAAUAGAUUACAGUGUUUGUUACAAUGGCCGGCAGGAAAUUGCGCGUUUAUCAAAUUUUUUUGUCCAGUUCAGUGUUAUUUAGUGACGAAGCACAACUAUUGAUUGUGAGAGGAAGAAGACUGGUAGAAACGAACGUAUCUGUCUUUCAUAGUAAAUGUGCCGUGCAAAACGCCGGAUUCCGUGUAGUCAUUCCCCGAGUUAUAAUACUUUUCCACUCUUACGCCUUUCUGGAAUGUAAGCUGUAUAUCCAUGCAGGUUUUAUUAAGUGUCUCAUCCAGCUUGGAAAGAAUCUGGAAUGCACGUCAAAAUAUUCCAGCGUAAAAAAUGGACUUUCCAGCGUGUGCCUGGACUUUUAUCGUCGGACUUCCAUCCGCUUCACAUUACUUUUCAUUUUCGUUUCAUACAAUCUCCUGUCAUUUUCUCUCACUUCUUAUCAGCCGCGCGUACAUUGACCCGUUCUCGAUUCCUACUCAUUCAACCGGCACACAUUCCUCUCAAAAAGAAGAUCAACCGAAAAGACUCAUUUACAUCAGUCCGAAGUCCUUUUUUCACAAAUAAAAACAGAUGAUUGCGUCAAACGACACCAGCAAGCUGCA